CCUUUUGUUUUUUUAUGUGAGCUGCAUGCUAAAGCCAACGAGUUUAGACACAAAGCAAGAGAACUCACUCCUCCUCACAUGACUUUGUCAGUGCCUGUUGAUAUAAGCAGCUGGGUGGACAAUAAUCUACAUAGAAUAGUUUAAUAAAGCCAACUGUGCAGUGUGGGGAUUGAAAUGUACACUUUCAGUAAUGCAUCACACUGCACUGGGUUGACAAAAGGAGCACCGUUUAACCUAUUUAGACAGGGCGUUAACUAUUCUAACUUCCUUGACUCCAGAUCGUUGGUGACAGCUCAAAAAUGGGAUGGGAAUAAAUUCCACCAGUCCGGAUGUGGUGGGCUGGAGCUUGAAAUAAAACCAGCCUUCUGUGCGUAUCGGUUCCACUCCUUGCUUCAUUUACCAGCCACAACGUCUUCUGUCAGCUGUUGUACUUCACUCUGAAACCAUGGCCAAGGACAUGACUCUGCUGUGGGCCUCCGGCUCUGCUCCCUGCUGGAGGGUGAUGAUCAUGCUGGAGGAGAAGCAGCUGAAGGGCUACAACCAGAAACUGCUCUCCUUUGAGAAAAUGGAGCACAAGUCCCAGGAAGUCCUGGACAUAAACCCCAGAGGUCAGCUUCCUGCCUUCAAAUGUGGGAAACAUAUCCUGAAUGAAUCCUGCGCUGCCUGUUUGUUCCUGGAGAACCAGUACAAGUCCCAGGGAACCAAGCUGAUUCCCGAUUCCCCCGAUGCACAAGCACUGAUGUACCAGCGCAUGUUUGAGGUUUUGACACUCCACCAGAAAAUAGCGGAGAUUGUCCUUUACAACUACAGAGUCCCAGAGGUGGAGAGACACGACUCUGCUGUUCAGAGAAACAGGGAGGCUCUAACAGCUGAGCUCAAGCUGUGGGAGGGAUACCUGAGUAAAUCGGACUGUUGUCUGGCUGGAAAAGAAUUCACACUGGCUGAUGUUGUUUUUUUCCCAUCCGUUGGCUUUCUGUUCCGCCUUGGGUUAAGUAGUGAGCGUCACCCCGUACUGACAAAGUACUACAACAGUCUGAAGGACAGACCCAGCAUCAAAGCCACUUGGCCUCCUACCUGGCAAGUCACCCCCGGACUGGACAUGUUGAAAACCGUCUGAGAUCUAAAUCCUGCUCAGUGGACACACUAAAAGUUCCUGUUAUGAUUUGAUUUGUACCCACUUCUUUUUUAAAAACUACGCUUUGAUUCUGCUAUGAAGAGCAAUUUUCUGCGAACUGUUAAAAGGAGGAGAGAUUCAACUAUAAUCCCGUAAAUGAUAAGAAUGUUCACACUAAAAAACAUCUAUGAUUGAGUUUAUUUAUAUUUGAGAACAGAAAUACCCAUUGAAACAGUUUGAUGUUGGUACCACCUUCAUUUUUUUUUGUUAUUCAGCUCACAUGUCCUUUAUAUGUACGAAUGUAAUGUAAGUGUGUACUUUGAAAUAAAGUAUUUUUAUGUGGAAAAAUAAUUAUUUGGAUGUACCACAUAAAGGAAUGUUAUCAACUCACCUCUCCAUGCCCAGAAACGUAUAUAUACACAAACACCCAGUGUUUCUAAGGUUUUCAGAUGAUGCACUAAUUCAGUCCUGUGGUAAACUAAUUAAAAUUGUCACUGCUAACAAUCAGA